GUACAUUAAAAACUAAUCAGAAUGUGUGACGACGAGGUUGCCGCUCUUGUUGUAGACAAUGGAUCCGGAAUGUGCAAGGCCGGAUUCGCCGGAGACGACGCUCCACGCGCCGUGUUCCCAUCCAUUGUCGGAAGACCACGUCAUCAAGGAGUCAUGGUCGGUAUGGGACAGAAGGACUCGUACGUCGGAGACGAGGCCCAAUCCAAGAGAGGUAUCCUUACCCUCAAGUACCCAAUUGAGCACGGUAUCGUCACCAACUGGGAUGAUAUGGAGAAGAUCUGGCAUCACACCUUCUACAAUGAGCUUCGUGUUGCCCCAGAAGAGCACCCAGUCCUCCUCACUGAAGCCCCACUCAAUCCAAAGGCUAACCGUGAAAAGAUGACCCAAAUCAUGUUCGAGACCUUCAACACCCCAGCCAUGUAUGUCGCCAUCCAAGCUGUCCUCUCCCUCUACGCUUCCGGACGUACCACCGGAGUCGUCCUCGACUCUGGAGAUGGUGUCACCCACACCGUCCCAAUCUACGAAGGAUAUGCCCUCCCACACGCCAUCCUCCGUCUUGACUUGGCUGGACGUGAUCUUACUGAUUACCUCAUGAAGAUCCUUACCGAGCGUGGUUACUCUUUCACCACCACCGCUGAGCGUGAAAUCGUCCGUGACAUCAAGGAGAAGCUCUGCUACGUCGCCCUCGACUUCGAGCAAGAAAUGGCCACCGCCGCUUCUUCCUCUUCCCUCGAGAAGUCCUACGAACUUCCUGACGGACAAGUCAUCACCGUCGGAAACGAACGUUUCCGUUGCCCAGAGGCUAUGUUCCAGCCAUCCUUCUUGGGUAUGGAGUCCGCCGGAAUCCACGAGACUUCUUACAACUCCAUCAUGAAGUGCGACAUUGAUAUCCGUAAGGACUUGUACGCCAACACUGUUCUUUCCGGAGGAACCACCAUGUACCCAGGAAUUGCUGAUCGUAUGCAGAAGGAAAUCACCGCUCUUGCCCCAUCAACCAUGAAGAUCAAGAUCAUCGCCCCACCAGAGCGCAAGUACUCCGUCUGGAUCGGAGGAUCUAUCCUCGCUUCCCUCUCCACCUUCCAACAGAUGUGGAUCUCCAAGCAAGAAUACGACGAGUCCGGCCCAUCCAUCGUUCACCGCAAGUGCUUCUAAGCUCUUCGCCUUACCAUUUUCUCUUUUCUUUCUUUUUUCUAUACAUUUUUUUCCAAUUGUCACCAAAUCGUUAUGGUCCCUUUUGGGGCAAUAACAAAUUCUAUCAUCAUUUCACGAUCAUGAGACCAUUCAAAAAGACCAUCAAGAUUUUAUUUCCGAUCCUGCCACAUAAGAAGACCCCACUACAAUUUGCUCUGUUCUUUGUUUUGUGCAUAUUUGUUUUUUAAUUGCUUCUUGCUAUACACAAAAUUUACAAAAUAAAACGUUCCGGGCUCAUUUUCUGGUAAAUAAUAUUUCAAGUCAAUAAAUAAUUUCAGAAUUA